CAACGAACGCGACACAAUAAUCAGUUGUGCACGAGAGUUUUAACGUGCCGAGGCGUCGUUCUCCUCUUAAUGGGACCCCAACAAUCACUGGGAGGAAAAUAUAAUUUUUUUUUUAGAGUAACGAAGAAAAUCGGAAUAAAAGGUUCUUUCAAAACUCCGCAGAUACUCGGGGCGGCGGAAUAGCGUGCGCCUAGACUACUCGUAAUACAUUGCUUUUUCAUAAAGUAACUAGUACCGCUGAAUUAAAUGCUAUUACUGUCGGAUAUAUCGUGAGCAGGAAGGCCUGAAAGUUGUCGGGGUGACGUCACGCUCUUUCUUUUCUCUCAUGAGUGGGUUUUUUUUUCGGCCGUUUUCGCUUCUACGGGUGAAUUGUGCGGGUCUUGUGAAUUGAAUGAAACACAAGUUGCAGAAUUUAUGAGGGGAGAGACGUGGUUGCGGGAAUAAUGGGGGAAACAAAGGAGACACUUGUGAUAUCUUCGCCUUGAUUGUACAAAAUUGGGGAGGAAGGGGAAUUUUGAGGACGUAAUGGUGAGGAUAGAAACAAUCUUCGAUAGGUCGAUGGAAAAUCGAUCGCUUCGGAUUUAAAAUAUCUUAUUUUGAAGAAUGGAUAAUGUCUUUCAAAACUAGGCAAGAAUAAUUUCGCUCACUGCAGUUGGAGAAAUAAAAUAUAAUUGAAGAGGGGCAAUGGUGCACCUCCCUUAGCGCCUGGAUAUGGUAACUAUGAGCUCCGAAAAGUCCGCCAGUCGGCGUAAACCCAUUGACAGCGGCGGUAGUUGUUCAAAAAAUACCAAUGAACAACACAAUGCCAGUAGUAAAGGUAGAAUUGGUACGACAUCGAAGAGAAAGGAGGAAACGACGACGACGGAUGCUACUGUCAAAACUGGAGUUGCCGUCGAUAGGCCAAAAUCAACUGCAACAUGCGCCGAAGACAGUCCCAACUACGUCGUAUACAAGAAGAUGGAAUCUAUAGUCGAAAAAAUGUUGGACGAGACUAAUGGUGUCCCAGUGAGAACUGCCAAGACAUUUAUGACGAAGAUUCCUUCGGUUUUUACGGGUACAGACUUGAUAGCCUGGAUGAUGAAGAACAUGGACAUUGAUGAUCAAGAGGCUCUACGUGUAGCUCAUUUGAUGGCCUCCCAUGGCUACUUUUUUCCCAUCGACGAUCACUGCCUCACUGUAAAGAAUGACAACACUUUUUAUCGAUUUCAAACGCCCUACUUUUGGCCAUCAAACUGUUGGGAGCCAGAGAACACCGAUUACGCUGUUUACCUCUGUAAGCGCACAAUGCAGAAUAAAACACGCUUGGAAUUGGCCGACUAUGAAGCGGAGAAUUUAGCAAGACUGCAGAAGAUGUUUUCGCGCAAGUGGGAAUUUAUAUUUAUGCAAGCUGAGGCGCAGAGUAAGGUUGAUAAGAAACGUGAUAAAUUGGAGAGAAAGGUCCUGGAUAGCCAGGAGCGAGCAUUCUGGGAUGUGCACAGGCCUAUGCCGGGCUGCGUCAACACAACGGAAUUGGAUAUAAAGAAAGCAUGCAGAACAAACAAACCAAUGGUAAAAGCCAGUAAACAUCUACAACUGGGUGUUGCCGGUGGAAGAAUAUCACCAACUCACGCUGAUGCGGAUAUUACACCAUCGAGUGAGAGUAUACAAAGGGAAAUAGACAUGCUUAAACAACGACUCGACAGAAGAAACAUUAAGGUCUCCAAAGUUGCUGAAGCUUUGAUUGGAUACUUUGAACAAUACGUCGAGUAUGAUCCAUUGUUUACACAGCCGGAGUUCAGUAAUCCGUGGAUAUCGGAUAGUACGGAAUUGUGGGAGCAGGAGAAAAUUGCGAAAGACGUCUCAGCGAGAAGAGUCAAGCGAUGGGGCUUUAGUCUUCAGGAGCUGCUUCAAGAUCCCAUUGGGAGAGAGCAAUUUGUCAAGUUUUUGGAGAUGGAAUAUAGCAGUGAAAACCUCAAGUUUUGGGAGGCUGUUCAAAAUUUGAAAACACUACCUCAACGAGACGUUCAGGCUAAGGUAGAGGAAAUAUGGAAUGAGUACUUGAGGCCAGACGCUAGCUGUCCAAUCAACGUUGAUUCACGAUCAUUCGAGCUUACAAAGAGAAAUUUAGAGAAGCCAGAUCGUUGGAGUUUUGACGUUGCUGCCGCCCAUGUUUAUCAUCUCAUGAAGACUGACAGCUAUGCGCGCUAUCUGCGGUCAGAAAUGUACAGAGAUUUUCUAAAUGGAUCUAAGAAGAAGGCGUCUGUUAAAGGGAUUCGUAGCAUUGUACCAUUUGCUGGGAGAAAGGAUAAUGUAGUACCGUAAGGGGAUCGCAGGUGGAAUUCAAUUUUUGGUGUCUGAUAGAAACUUCAAUUCAGCCUGUAUUUUAUGAUGCAAAUUAUUAAAUGUAUAUAAAGCAAUGAAGAAAUGACUAGCCAUAAGAAGAAUCAUGAUAAAAUUUAGAAUCGUUGAUAAUAGUUCAGGUGAUUAUUUUUUGUCACUGUGCAAUGAAACACGCGAACAUAAUAUCUCCCUGAAACACUGAAUAAUUGAAUUGAAUAAAAAAACAUAUUCUCAAUGGGCGGCAAUUCACUCGUCAUUGCGCAAACGUGUUCAAUAAUAUUUAGAUUCAUGUGUAGAUGAACACGAAAUAAGAAUUAAUGAAUGAAUUGCCCAUAACUAUCAGUAGCCAAAAUGUGAAUUGAGAGAUUGGGGAGAGGACUGUGUGUCCAAAUUUGUAAAUAGCUCAUGUUUUUUUAAGUUCAACAAAAUGAAAAUGAUUCCGAUAUUUUUGUUAAUUUAUUAAUUGAGUAAUGAAAAUUGUAAUGCCAUGGGAAUUCAAAAAUUUUGCAAUUAAACGUAAUUGUUAAAUUCUACAUAAUUUCGAGGUGCUUUUUCCAAAAGAUGUGGAAAUACAUUUUUUUGCGAUAUAAAUGGCUGUAUGUGUAUAGAGAUUGAAAUUAUAGAUUCGAGGUGAAUAAAAAGAAAAACAUUUGUUCUUGUAGAUAUGGAUAUAGAAGAUGGUUGAUGAAAUAUUAUUUUCAGUAAUUCAUUAAAAUAAUUAUCGGAAAUGAAGUAAUACAUUCAG